AGGAUUUGGAUUUUUGGGCCAAAGUUGUUGCUCAUUUUUCCAAUAGUUUCCUCUUCUCUAUUGUCAAUAUAGGAUUAUGAUCUCCAUGUGAGAUACCCAUUUAUUCCUGUCAUACCACCCUAUCCCUAGGGCGAAGAAUUAGGGUUUCUUUUCACAUGGCUGAUUCUUUUCUAAUUCCAUCAAAUCUGUCUAACUCUAUAAAAUGAAAUCUAAGCUGAAUCCUCUUGUUCUCUUCAUAGGUCUGUUCUCAUGCCAAUUUUUCUUCACCCAUAUCCUUCCUUUCCAUGCUUUACUAAUUGAUCCUCUUGGUAUUCUUCCUUACUCUCCCCCACUGAACUUUGUGAGCCAUGGAGAAAUCAGGGUGGUGGAGAAAAGUGGGCUUGCUUAGAUCUUUCCAAGGAGCAGACGAAGAAGAUGAAAGAAAGCCUGUGAAACCUCCUCCCAAAGGAAACAAGAUAGUUGUUUUGUACUACACCAGCUCAAGAGUCAUCAAGCAAACCUAUGCAGAGUGCUCUGCUGUUCUGAGCAUUCUCAGAGGACACAGCAUCUUCUUCCAAGAAAGAGAUGUCUUCAUAAGCCGCAAACACUUGGAGGAAAUAACAGACAUAUUUGGGGGCCCAAUCAGUGUUCCUCGCCUGUUUGUUGCAGGAAAAUAUGUGGGGGGAUUUCAGAGGAUAAUAGAGCUGAAUGAAGGUGGAGAACUGAAGAAAUUGCUGAAUGGGUAUAUAAAAAAGAGACCCAAGAGGGUGUGUAAAGGGUGUGGAAAUAUGAGAUACAUUGUCUGCUUUAUCUGCAAUGGAAGCAAGAAGUUUUAUGAAGAAGAGAGGAAGGAGAUGGUCAGCUGCAACACCUGCAUUGAGAAUGGAUUGUUGCCAUGCCCUGUUUGCAUGUUAGGAGCAGUUGAAUGAAUGAACAUAAUGAUGAUGGUAUGAUUGGUUAUUGAUCAAUUUUGUAGUAAAAUUUUGUUUGUGUUAAACUUUUUUUCUUGUUUGUUUGGGAAAAUUAUGGUGCACAAAGAAGCAUCAACCAGCACAUUUGUAAAAAAUCAGGGAUCCCUCUGGGUUAAGAGUAGCUUCAACCAGUGCACCAGUAAGAAAUUAUUUUGCCUAGGAGCUGAUUUAUAAGUGGUUCUUUCAGUUUGUGUUUAUUGACAGCAAUAAUGCCCAUUGGGGCAGUCUUUAUUGACUUUACAGUCUCUUAUUAAUAAUAUUGUUGUAUGUAUUUGUUA